AUGCCGCAGACAUCACCUGUUGGACCGAGAGCACCAAAAGAUGACUUCAUGAAGGCUUUGGGAUUGAGCACCACCGAUCCACGCCACGAAGGCUACUAUCGAGCCAUGCGGGAGGAAGCAAUCGCCGUCUACAGCAGACUGAAUUCGGAUCGAAGCAAUCUGAUAGACGAAAAGCGCAACGACUCGGCAACCACACCUCCCUUCUUUUGGCAUCAUAUCCGUCAAGAUCGUCGCCGACAAGCAGUCAUUGAAACCUGGCAGCAAGCAAAACCAGGCACCGUCCAACGUACCCUCUUCGAUCAAGGCGCGACAACGGGUGAACAUGCCCCAAAUUGGGUAACAUUGUGGCUGCUAUACAGUGUCUUUCGAUCACGAGAUAUCCGAAACAACCGCAAUCGUCGGACUGGAGAGGGAAACAGUAGUGGAGGCCAACUUUCAGGAGCCACGGACGCAGCCAUAUUUGAUCCUGCCCGAGACAAAUAUGUACGUCGCUGA